AUGGCUAACCUUACAAAACUCGAGUUCGUUGCCCUUGAUAUUUCAGGCAAGAACUACCUAUCAUGGGUGCUAGAUGCUGAAAUCCAUCUUGAUGCUAUGGGUCUUGGAGACACCAUUAAAGAAAAUAAUAAAGCAUCCAACCAAGAAAAUGCCAAGGCUAUGAUAUUCUUGCGUCAUCAUCUUGAUGAGGACCUGAAAAUUGAAUAUCUUACUAUUAAGGAUCCACUCGUUUUAUGGAAAAACUUGAAAGAAAGAAUUACUUCUAUAUUGACACUAUGUGGAGAAAAGAUUAGUGAUUCUGAUAAACUCGAAAAGACGUUCUCCACUUUUCAUGCCUCGAAUAAUCGACCUACUGGCGCUGCACCACUCCCGGAAGUAAAUGAGGUGUAUGCCCACUACUCCAGGCGUGGAAAAGGUCGUGGCCCCGGUCGUGGUCAUGACAAUAGUCGUGGUCGUGAUAAUAGUCGUGGUCGUGGUCGUGGUCGUGAUAAUGGUCAAAGAAGAAAUUAUUUUCCUGGUGUUAAUCACUCUUCAAAGAAAAAUCACCACCAAAAGGGGAAAAGGAAGGAUGAUAGGCAUGAAGUGCCAGAAGCACGUGGCUUAGAAAAUAAAUGCUAUCGAUGUGGUGGAAUUGGACACUGGGCACGUACCUGUCGUACGGCAAAACACUUGGUUGAGCUUUAUCAAGCAUCAAUUAAAAGAAAAAAGAAAAAUCCCGAAGCUAAUUUUAUCUCUGAAAAUCAAAUUGACAUCACACACUUGGAUGUAGCAGAUUUCUUUGAGCACCCUGAACGAAAGAUAGAUCACUUGAUUGGUGAUGGUUCUGUGGUUAGAGAUGAUUAA